AUGGACGGUUGUCUGCACGUGGUCAGUUUGGACAGUCACCAGAGGCACACCCUCCCCGCCCACACCAAGCCAGUGAGUGUGGUGAGGUGUGGCGGAGGAAGGGUGGUGAGUGGAGGCUACGACGGGACCGUUGUGGUCCACCGGAUGACCGACCUGGAGAGAGAGAGGACCAUCACGUCGGCAGCUACAAUGUGUGUCUCGGGCUGCAGUGGGGGUGUGGUCUGUUACUGGGAGGUAACCACUGGAAACUGUCGACACCUCCUCCAGGAAUCGGGCGGAGACGAGGGCGUGUCCGUCGUUAAAUUGGAUAUAUUAGUGGGCGGAGUCAUAGUGGGUCUGAUGUCUGAUGAAACAGUCGUGGUUUGGGAUAAGUCAAGUGGAGAGAGUCUGUUUACUAUAGCACUGGAGGGGGUGUGUCCUGACAUAGCUCUGUUGGGAGGGGGGAGGUACAUGGCGGCUUCAGUGGAGUCACUGAUAGUGGUUUAUGACUUGGAGUCGGGACAGAAGAGGUUCCAGAUGCAAGUGGGGGGCGGGGAAAUGGGCGUGGUCUUGGUUCGCCACCUCCUCCCACUCCAGGGAACCCACGUGGUGUGUAGCACAGGUCGCGACCUCCGUAUCUUUCAUUGCGGCAUCAAGAUGAAGAUUGACUAAUCCUUCCCCCUCUUCACUGUCAGCAAAGCAUUUUUUCUCUUUAGGGUCUGUUUUUUCACCAGAAUUACAAUGGUAUGUAUGUAUACACAUCUUCUAUAUUGUGUUCUUCUCUGCAAGAACUGCCGCGUAUUGUAUAUAUGUUGGUCUAGGGUUGAAAUUUUUUACAUAAUGUCUAUCACCGUUGAUUUCUAUAUCAUACAACAGAACCGCCAUUAAUUGAUGACUGCAUUAUAACAUGAUGGCUCUUGAAAAAUAUGUCAUUUGACUGGUGAAAAAAUAGUGUUCUAUACAAUGUGUUAGGAGAAUUUAUAAUUAUAUGCACAAGAGGUGAAUGAACAGAUUGAGCAAGAGGAGAAGUCAGUUUUAAUGUGACUUUUCGGCCUCCACUCCACCCCCUGAUUGUUUUUAGGCUAGUCUGCAUCUUGCAAGGAGAGAUUAUGGAGUCUCUGGACGAGGCAGUAGAGACUGGACUGUGGUGGUGUCUGGGAAAAGGAGGAGGAAGAGGAGAGGGAGGGUGCCUCUACUGGCUUUGACUGUAGGUCAUCCCUCACACCUGCCAACACCUCUUUUCUUCCCCUGUCGGAGGUGAAGAGAGGGGACCUCCUCUCUCGAGGGUCAACAGUACAGCAGCUCAUCAGGUAGAGUCUGAUUGAGGGGCCGUGGGCAUGUGACACCUCCACUCCUACCCUGACAGUCACAUGAUCCAAGAGUGUCAGGGUGUACUGGCCUGCUGGGUGGGUUACUGUCACCCUGGUCUCUUCCACCUUCAGAUGGCCUGAUGCAAAGGCGACAGAACAGUGGCCGGCCUCGGAAACAGCUGCCGGCUGAGCAACCAGUCCAGCCUUAUCCUCGAGAUAUACCACUCCCUUAACUCCAUACCUUGGUAUCUGAACUCUGACCCCCUUGGUGAGGAUGGCGUAGACCACGCCCACACAGACACACCUCUCGUCCUCUCUCUCGUGGUUACUGAAGUAGAGAGCUUGGAACAUCUCCGUGGACGCCAUCUGGGCAAGUUGAGCUGCC